AUGUCCUCCAAGUCGCAAUUGACCUACACUGCCCGUGCCAGCAAGCACCCCAAUGCUCUGGCCAAGAGGCUGUUCGAAAUUGCUGAGGCCAAGAAGACCAAUGUGACCGUCUCGGCUGACGUUACCACCACUAAGGAGCUACUAGAUCUUGCUGACCGUCUCGGUCCCUACAUCGCCGUGAUCAAAACCCACAUCGAUAUUCUCUCUGACUUCAGCGACGAGACUAUUGAGGGCCUCAAGGCUCUUGCGCAGAAGCACAACUUCCUCAUCUUCGAGGACCGCAAAUUCAUUGACAUCGGCAACACUGUCCAGAAGCAAUACCACCGUGGUACCCUCCGCAUCUCGGAAUGGGCCCACAUCAUCAACUGCAGCAUCCUACCUGGUGAGGGUAUCGUCGAGGCUCUCGCUCAGACGGCGUCUGCACCGGACUUCGGCUACGGUCCCGAACGUGGUCUGUUGAUCUUGGCGGAAAUGACCUCUAAGGGUUCCUUGGCCACCGGCCAGUACACUACUUCUUCGGUUGAUUAUGCCCGGAAAUACAAGAACUUCGUCAUGGGAUUUGUGUCGACCCGCUCGUUGGGUGAGGUGCAGUCGGAAGUCAGCUCUCCUUCGGAUGAGGAGGACUUUGUGGUCUUCACGACUGGUGUGAACAUUUCGUCCAAGGGAGAUAAGCUCGGUCAGCAGUACCAGACGCCCGCAUCGGCUAUCGGUCGGGGUGCUGACUUCAUUAUCGCGGGUCGCGGUAUCUACGCCGCGCCGGACCCGGUGCAGGCUGCGCAACAGUACCAGAAGGAAGGUUGGGAGGCGUACCUGGCCCGUGUCGGCGGAAACUAA